AUGCAGACGCAGCUGCAAGAUAGUCAAAACCGAACCAGAGCCAGUCAACAACGUGCGCUUGCCAGUAUAGCCAAUUCGGAAAGGAUCGGUGUGGAAACAGCUGCCGAGUUACUUGAGCAAGGAGAAAAGCUUUCAAAUGCGGAACGACGUCUGGAUGACAUCAGUCAUAUGCAAAAAGACAGCCAGCGACAAAUCAACACAUUAUCAAGCGUGUUUGGUGGAAUCAAAAACUUCUUUUCCAGAAAACAGUCAGCCCCUGCCGUGUGCAACGAGGUUACUGGUAUGCAUCCCUGCCCAUCGGACUCAGCUCGUUCUACAUCCGGUUUGCGCAAUUCCGUUUAUUCCCAACCUACAUGGGGUAGCAAUUUACCGCCACAACAAGAGACUCGACGAUUGCUCCUGUUUGUGGCCAUACGCUUGAUUCCUCCUCAAGCAGUUCAUUGA